UCUCUCCCUCCCUCUCUCUCUGCUCUUUGGCCAUGGAAAUUGAAUCAAAAACCCAAGAGAAAACCGGGUUGAUCAACCGGGUGAGUGGGUUGAUGAAGGGCAAGGUGUUAGAGGUAGCCAAGAAGGCAAAGAAGACUGGCCAAGAUGAUCCGAGGAGAAUUGUUCACUCUCUCAAAGUAGGAUUGGCUCUCACAUUGGUGUCCUCCUUUUACUACUUGAGGCCAUUGUAUGAUGGUUUCGGGCAAUCGGGCAUGUGGGCUGUCCAGACCGUGGUGCUUGUUUUUGAGUUCAGAGUUGGGGAAACCCUCUCCAAGAGCAUGAACACAGGCUUUGCAACAUUACUUGCCGAUACUCUAGGCGUUGGAGCCCAACAAUUAGCUUGCCUCUUUGGACACAAAGGACAUCCCAUUGUUCUUGGGCUCUUUGUCUUCCUUCUAGCUGCGACAUCUACAUUUACAAGAUUCUUUCCAAAUAUCAAGGCAAGGUAUGACUAUGGAGUCCUGAUAUUCAUCCUGACAUUCAGUUUGGUGGCCGUUUCGGGUUAUCGUGCCGACGAGAUCUUAGUGCCUUCCCGCCAACGAUUAUCGACCAUUCUGAUUGGCGGUGCAAUAUGCAUCGUCAUAUCCAUAUUCCUUGUCCCGGUUUGGGCUGGCGAAGAGCUUCACAAUCUGGUUGCUGCCAACGUAGAGAAGCUUGGAAGCUUCCUAGAAGGAUUUGGAAAUGAAUGCUUUAAAGAUUCUCCGGAUACUGGAGAUAGCAGUAUUGUUGCUGCCAGGGAAGAAAAGUCGUUCCUUCAAGUUUAUAAAGGUGUUCUCAACACAAAAGCCACUGAGGAUUCCUUGGCAAACUUCGCCAGGUGGGAACCAGGCCAUGGAAGGUUCAAAUUCCGUCAUCCAUGGAAGCAGUACUUGAAGAUUGCAGCCCUUUCUCGCGAAUGUGCUUUCCAUUUUGAAGCUCUCUGCGCUUACAUAAAUUCUGAUAUUCAGGAACCAACAAACUUCCAGAGAAAAAUUCGACAACCAUGCAUGAAAAUGAGUUUAGAGUCCAGCAAGGCCCUAAAAGAACUAGCCUCAUCAAUCAAAACGAUGACACACCCAUCUGCAGCCGAUGUUCAUAUGGAGAACUCCAAAACAGCAGCCGAUGAGCUCAAGGCUGCAAUAGAAGCUGCCUCGAAAGAGACAGAGACCUCUAACCUUUUGGAUAUUAUUCCGGCUGUUGCUGCUGCUUCAGUUCUUCCAGAUCAUAUAAUCAAAUGCAUCGACAAAAUCGGCGAGUCGGUCCAUGAGCUUUCGCACCAAGCACAUUUCAAGAAACUGGAAGAUCAGUCCACUGUGUCACCGGAGAAACCGCAGCUACCUCACCGGGGAACUGUAAAGCCGGUUAGCGACGUCGACGUCGAUGGUGAUGGUGAUGGUGAUAGAGAUCAUGUCAUUAUUACAGUACAUGAAACAUCUCUGGAAUCACCUGAGAAUAUUGGGAAUCCUCAAGCCUCGAAGUCGACUGUCCCAAGAGCCGAGCAGUAAAUAUUAGCUACUAACUUAUAAGCGCCAUAUUGGAUGAGAAUAAGGAAAGGGAAACAAGAAUUCUUUUUUUUGGUUUCUGUUUCACUUUCGUGAAUCGAAAAGCAUAUUGUUGUUAUUGCGUAUUCGAAUAUAAAUUUGCCUCUUUAUACCCAUAAUUAAGGUUUCAGUUCUAAUUAGAGACUUUAAAGCAAAAGAUGUAACAACCCAUGGGUCUAGAGCGUUUCUUGAAUUAUGAUUUAUUAUGUGUGAUAAAUUACCUUCAAGAAUUAGGUGCCUAAUUUAAAGGA